AUGGGAAAACAGAGCUCUGUAAAGAAAAUGGAAGAUGCCAUUUGUAUAUUUUUGCCUGAAUCAGGACGCACAAUUCGGCCAGCCGCCGAUGAGCUAUGGCCUGGUAUCGUACCGGAGAGACUGUCAGUGGAAGUGAAACUUGGGUUCGGCCUUUUUAAGGCACUUGAGGCGUUAGGAUAUUUUGCCCGUGACUCGACAAAAUCUCCUGAUCUUGUCCUUAGUGAUAGAAUGUUAAUGCCCUUAUUGGAACAAUUUAAUGAUAAAACAAAACUAUCCAUUAUUAGAAAGGCAACGCGGACAUUGUCAAACCUUUGUCAGGGAAAGCCACAGCCUCAGUUCGACCAGGUGAAAUCUGCCCUCCUUCCUCUUGCUCAUCUGAUUCUUAUAGACGACAAAAAAGUCCUUAAAUAUGCAUGCUCGGCAUUACUCAAUCUAACUGUUGGGACAAAGGAUAUAAUUCAAACUGUGAUCGAUGCUGGUGUUUUCCCUCAUUUGUUUGAGCUUUUACUAUACCCUUCACCUGUAGUUUCUAUUCCUGCCCUGUGCACUGUUGAUAAUAUUAUUUCAUAUGGAGAUGAUAUCGAUAUUCAGGUAUUAGCUGACUCUUGUUCUUAA